GGAAGAAGGACCAGAAUUGUGAAGCCAGCCAGCCUAAACCCAUCAAUUAAAAACGAAAAAUCACAAAAAGAUGAUGCCCAAAGUCCAAAAUCUCGAAUCCUUUUCUCUGUUUUAGGGCUCUAUAUAGAACCAAAUCGCAUUUUGUCGUCAUCGUCGUUCCGAUCAGUGGAAACGCCGAUCUUCCUUGCUGGGUUUAUCUCAGAUCAGUGGCAGAGGAUAUAAUUUUACUUCCGUCACUUACAAGAUGUCUAAAGCUCAAGAUCCAUUUUACAUCGUUAAAGAAGAGAUUCAAGAAUCUAUCGAUAAAUUGCAGUCAAGUUUUCACCGAUGGGAGAGGAUUCGUCCCGAAAACGAACAACGAGUUCGUCUCACGAAAGAACUAUUCACCAAUUGCGAGAGCAUUGAGUGGCAGGUAGAUGAAUUGGACAAAGCAAUUUCUGUGGCAGCUAGGGAUCCUUCAUUGUAUGGCAUUGAUGAAGUGGAACUUGAAAAUCGGAGGAGAUGGACCAGCUCUGCUCGAACUCAGGUCGGGAAUGUGAAGAAAGCUGUAGUGGCUGGAAAAGAAAACGGCAACAGCGCAAGUGCAAUGCACAGAGAAUUGAUGAGGCUGCCAGAUAGAUCCAACAUGUACACCGUGGAAGAUAAUGAUGACUUUAUAUCAUCGGAAUCAGACAGACAAAUGCUUCUUAUAAGGCAACAGGAUGAGGAGUUGGACGAGCUUAGUGCCAGUGUUGAGAGAAUAGGAGGUGUUGGUCUUACCAUACAUGAAGAACUUCUUGCACAGGAGAAGAUAAUAGAUGAUUUAGGUAAUGAAAUGGACAGCACAACAAACAGAUUGGAUUUUGUUCAGAAGAAAGUAGCUAUGGUUAUGAAGAAGGCAAGUGCAACGGGCCAGUGUAUGAUGAUAUCAUUUUUGCUGGGUUUGUUCAUUAUUCUAUUCAUUCUGGUCUUCUUCACUUGAGACCGGAGAGAAGGCUUUUAGUCUUAUGAUACUCAUAUUCGGAAGUGGUUCGUUAUUGAAAAUAAACCAUGGGAGUUGUAGAAUACAGAGGAAUCGGAUCGGGGAGUGAUCUAUAGUUUCGAAACGAUGACUUAGAAAACGAAACGAGAACCAAGGAAAUGAUAUGUUGUGUAUUUUCAAGAAUUGUGGAACUUGAUUAGGAUAUAUGUACUAUUACUGUUUGCUUCUCUAUUUCAGUGCGGUGUAUUCUUCUGUAAUUUUCUAUGGUUAAAUAAUAAAAGGUCUGUGUCAUAUGAUACAA